AUGUUGCUAAAGGUAGCUAUCCUGAUCGACUGGGCACACCUCUUCAACCCCCUGAAGAAACGCAACGCCAUGUUCUGGGCGAUCCGCAUCCUUCUGGUCGCGAACAUGGUCCACUACAUUACUGCAACUUUCCUAGAAGCGUUCCGCUGCGGGCCACAGAGACGGCUCUGGGACGUCUUCUACAAAGGGGGUUACUGUCCCAUCAAUGUAGUUGUGCUGAACCUGGUCGCAUCGUCUGUUAAUGUCGUCUCCGAUGUCGCUAUCCUGGUCCUUCCCCAAUGGGUCAUCUGGAGGUUGAAUAUGACAAGAUCCGCCAAGGCUGGGGUCUCGGUGCUGUUCCUGAUCGGAAUCUUCGCCGUCGUAUGUGCAUUUUGCCGCGUGGUUUGGCUCACCAAGCUUCUGGACUCAAAGGAUGAGAUAUACCUAGCUCCGAUUACCGGCGCCUUUGCCAUGGGCGAGAUGACUGCCGCAUUCCUGAUCAUAGGCGUACCCUCCGUUCCCAGGGUGUUCCGGACAUUGUUCUCCCAAGGCUCGUCCGUGCGGUCCCUGAUGAGUAGGAUCAGGCUCCUGAGCUGGACCGGGAGGAGGCGUAUCUCUGAGGGGCCGGAUGGCGGCAGCGGCGGGACACUGGGCCGGCCAUCUUGGCAUAACCCGGCACACCACACGCCUCGCGGUCUGUGGGAGUUCAGCGACAAUGACACGUUUGACCUGUUGUCAGUCUCGACCGCACACGUUGAGGCGGACCGGCACCCGGCUUAUGAUGUGAACUUCCCACAGAAUUCUAUCAAAAGAGACAUGAGAGUAGAUGUCGUCAACGAACGGAUUGGCUAG